GGGUGCAUCGUGCACUCGGAAGCGACAACUCGACUGCUCGCCGCGACUUCCCCACACGUCUGUCUAAAGUCGCGCGCCUUCCCCUCGCCCUCGUCCUCGCCCUCGCCCCCGGUGCUCCCUUCCUGCCCUCUUCACGCCUCCGCAUUGCAGCUCCCGCAGGUUCCCGCCCCCCGUGCAAUGUCCUAGCAUUGCCAUCGUUGCCUGCGCGUGCCGUCAAGCAUGACCUCGUCCGAGACACAUCAUCUGCGGGCACUGGUCGACAGAGCCUUGCAAAGGCCAUAUCACUUCAGACAUCGACACCCCAGACCUCGCCGCCCCGUGUGACUCGGCCAUGGCCCGUGGCGGACGCGCAGCUCCGCCAGCAGCGGCCGAGGACGUCGCGACUCGCGUUACUCUGAACCAUGUGCUGGGCAACCUGGGCGGCCGACAGAAGAGCUGGAUGAACCCGGGAAUGGUCUCAGGAACGCCGCCCAUCCCCGCCUCACAUCUGCCAACAGACGUCCCUCGAAAACGUGGCAGACCUCGACAGUAUCCUGAAGAAUACGCAGACGCUGAACCAAGGCAGGCGCCCAUGCAAGGAGCAGCCCGCGACGAGCCCGCAUCCAACUCGACCUCUCCACAGCUUGCCAACGUCCUAUCGCAUCCACCCAAUGGUCGUCCUUUGCCCUCGCCUACCGCCGUGCUUCCGUCCCCUUCUCCCAGCGAAGACACCAACUUGCACUACCAUACAAUCGUAUCUCAUGCCCCCGCUCACGCAAGACAAAGCAUGGGCGACGAUCAACAAGCUGGGCACAUUUCUCUAGACGAGUCUUGCCUCGAAGGCGCACGACAGGAAGCUACAGCACCCAAACGACCAGCCGCGGGUCCCAGCCCAUUGCUAGCAAACAAACGGACCCGUCCAUCAAUCGCACCACGGCCUUUGAGGACCUCAAGCGUCUAUAUCGAUCAACAAGGCAUGGGCCGGCGGGUGUCAGCAGGCCAAACACAGAGCGAGAGUCCAACAGUGCAUCAGCCCUACAGUCCCGGCUUCGGACAAUCAAGCAACAGCCAGUCACCAUACCGCUCCCAGCAACAGAUGUCACUUCAGCAAUUUUCUGCCCCGCAGCGAGUUCCAAGUCAGGCGUAUGUGAACGCUCCGACUCCACCUGUUUCAAGCACACGCCAGGUAUCUCUUACCUCGGAAGCCCGUCUUGGAAACAGUCAGGCCACGCGAGACAACCCUACAGUGCCAAUGCAUCUGCAAACACACAUUCUCCAGGAGCUGUCUCGCUUUCAUUCGAUGGUUCAACCGGACUCUUCCGAUCGCAAGCGCCUUGAAGCUCUAGAGCGGGCAGCGAAACAAAUGGACUGGGAUUAUCUGAUAACCCAUCUCUUCUAUUGUCUCUUGUCGCUCGACCGGAAAGCAUUACCUGAUAGCAUCAAGAAAAGUAAACAUGCGAGUCGGACCGAGCAUUUUCUCCGUGAGGUUCUUAAUAGCAACCACGACUUGAACCCUGCUACACGAACCUUCUUUAUUCGAUUCCCCGUCCCCCUGCAUGACUGGGCCAAGCUCAAUCCGUCCCAAUUCCAUACUGAUGUCAACAAUUUCAACGACUUGAUGAACCGCUCUGACAGAUACUUUGAGUUGAAGAAUCUAUGCAAUGAACGCAAUCUACCACCCUCGAUGCACGAACUGGCAGACGACCUUGGUAUCAGAUCACGGCAGUUACAGACAAUAGUCUUCACUGCCGCCGUUCGACGCUUAUGGUUCCAACAGGGACUGCCGCGAGGAGACAUCCUUAAUCAAUACGAGCAUGAAGCUCUAAUGUGCUUCUCAUCGAUACAAGAGACAUUCCACCGUCGCCGAAGCCAAGUACAUGAUCUGGAGCACGAACGCAAAUUAGAGAUGCGGUAUUGGGCCGAGAGUUUCCGCGCAAUUUACCAGGUGCCGGUCCUGGAAAGCAACUAUCCUACGACUUCAUUACCGCACCCUCAGCAACCACAGCGUACGCUAUCGGGUCAAAAUCAUCGGCCUUCACUGGCUCAGCCACAUGCGGCAGUGCAGCUUGGACCGGAACAAUCCCUAGGCCGACCGCUAUCUGGGAUACAACCACCUCGCCCUCAGCUCCAGCCCCAGUCCCAACUUCAACGACAGCCUCGUCGGUUACUCAUUCCUCCCCCGGGGCAUCAUGAGCCUCAGCAACAUAUGCCUAACCCGGCCCGAUUUGCACUUCACCAAGCUCACCUCAGGAGCCCUACCCUGCACUCAAAGACAAAGGAACGUCUGUAUCUGUAUGUGCAGGAUUUUGUGGUGAGACCUCGACGUCUCGUGGACGCACGCAACAGGGUUGAGAAGUGGACUUUCACGUUGUCACCCGAGCAAAUGGCAACGAUACCACAGAACGACACAGGUGAAGCGAGGGGCCUACAAGUUCGAGUUAUUGACGAAAACAGCUCCAUGAUUCGUCUCCGAUGCGUGAAGUGGAAUCCUACCCAGGAUUUCGAUCCACAUAGGUGGGCGACCAGCGAUACCUCGUGGAUUCCGUACAGCUUCUUUCAGCUCAACAGCAAGCCUCUCGAGCAGCGUAAGAAACUACACUAUGGGAAAGAUCUACCAAUCGACCUCACUUCGUUGGUUAAAGAGGGGGAGAAUGUUUUAGAGAUGAGCCUCAUCCGAGCGCCAGAAAACCAUAAUUUUCGGAACUAUCUUAUCGCCAUCGAGAUCUUGGGCGUGAGGUCUCACGAUGCGUUGAUGCAGAACAUUCUGACAGAGCAGCAUAUCCCAGCAGCAACGACCAAGCAGCGUAUCAUGGACAAGCUUGCUGGUACCGGUACCACCGAUGACGAGAUCGCGGUUAUAAACAGCACCUUGAACAUUACUUUGUUCGACCCUUUCAGCCUGUCCGAGAUAUGCAAGAUUCCUGCUCGCAGUCGGGCGUGCGCCCACUUCGAUUGUUUCGAUCUGGAGACGUUUCUCUCAACACGCAAGAGAAACGCCGAUUCUACGGUACCGGACGGCUGGAAGUGUCCUAUCUGCAACGGCGAUGCCAGGCCACAUCUUCUUGUCGUCGAUGGUUUCCUGCAAGAAGUCCGCAACGGGUUAGAAAAGCAGGGGCUGCUGAAAACAAGGGCAAUAAUUAUAAGUGAGGAUGGUUCUUGGAAACCAAAGCCAGAGGUCAGGGAAGGUGUGGCUGAUCACGACGAUGACGAUACGCCUGUUCGGACCAGCAUGCAAAGCGCCUCCGGGCAGCAGAAGCCGCCAGUGUCGCAAACCGUUGAGGUUAUUGACCUGGGCGACAGUGAUGACGACUAG